AUGAAGCCUACACGAAGACCACGAUCCACUGUCCCAUCUCGGUCCGCCACCGUACAGCGUGCGCAACAAUCCGAAUACGCGCAGUUGCACCCACUCAAACCGAUGAUCCUAUAUUUCGAUUCGAGGGCCGUCGUCAUCACAAUUGACCGGGCAUUCCACCCAGUGAUGCUCAGACCCUUUCUUAUUCUUAUUCUAUCUUGGCUUGGUUGUGGAUUGCCAGGUGACAUCAAUGACGUUAUACCCCGUAAUGGGUUUUCUCUUGGAACUGUUCUUGUGAGCACAAUCGAUGGCCAGCUAAGCGCCUUGGAUACGGAAAGUGGCGAAACUAAGUGGACAUUACAAGGCGAACCGGUCCUUCGUUCCCCUACCGUCGUUAAACAAGGAUUUACAUUCCUUCCGAAUCCACGAGAUGGCUCGCUUUACACUCUAAAAGAAGGUAUAUUGAAAAGACUGCCACUCAGCAUUCCUGCACUAGUGCACGCAUCGCCUCUAAGGAGCAGCGACGGGGUGUUGUAUGCUGGUCAGCGCUUGAACUUUCUUAGUUAUCGUUUAAACAAAAUUGACAGUUUAGGUAGCAAGAAGGACGUGUGGCUCGAAAUCAAUCCUCUUACUGGUGCGAAGGUGGAAACGAUGUCAUCUGCAACGGAUCGUGUUUGUCCCGCUAACAAUCAUAAUGGCAUUUUCGUUGGAAAGACUGAGUAUCGGAUCAGCAUGUUCGAUACAAAAAGUCGUGGUAAAACAUGGAACACCACUUUCUCCGAUUAUUCUGCGCAUCUUUUACCAGGUUGUUCCUGUUCCACCGUUCAAGUGUUACUUUCCAGCUUAUUUGUUUCUUUUUCUGUUUUUUUGAAAGUAUUUUGA